AUGCCGUAUGCAAAUAAAAGAAAAGCGAAUAUUGAAAAACUGUUAAAACAAGAAGCGAGUAAAUGCAAAAAGGUAUCGGAUUUCUUCACGAAGAACGAAAAUGCAAGAACAUCGUCAUCGACAUCGUGCGAUACAAACGUUGAGAAGGAGUCAGAACAAUUAUUAAAUAUGGCGCCAAUUGAAGUGGAAAGCGAAGUACAAGGCACUGCAGCUACUGGAGGCACUGACCAAGGAGAACCUCGUAAAGACAAUGAACUGAAUGAAGUGGAUUUUGAUAUUCGAAAUCCAGAUAGGGAAG